AUGUUCUUUUUUAUCAUUGGAUCAGCCACAAUAGCUUUUAUUGUAUUCAGAAUUUUAGAAGAAAUCUAUAAGUGCUUACAACCCUUUCCAAAUAUAUAAGCUAAGUAUGGCAAAGACUGUUGGGCAGUUGUAACAGGGGCAUCUGAUGGGAUUGGAAAAGGCUAUUGCCAAGUUUUGGCUUAAUAAAAUGUGAACAUUUGCAUGCUUGUCAGAAAUGAGGAGAAGGCUAAAAAGUUGAUUGAGGAGUUAAGUAAGGGAUCAACCUCAAAGUUUAAGAUAGUUGUGGUUGAUUUUAACAACUCUUUGGAGGAAGGAUUUUUUGAUAGAGUAUACAAAUAGAUUGAAAAUUUGGAUAUAGGAUUGCUAAUAAAUAAUGUUGGAGUAUCACAUACAAGACCAUUAGAGAAAUACAAUGACAAUGAACUAAGAGAAAUGAUUACAGUUAAUUGUUUCCCCAUUGUAUUUUUGACAAAGAAGAUAAUUCCUAAAAUGCUUUAGAGAACAAAAUCUGCAAUAAUUAAUUUAUCAUCAUUCGCUGGAAGAGUCCCUCUGCCUUAUCAUUAAACAUAUGCUGCAACCAAAGCAUUUGAUGAUUUCUUUUCAAGAUCAAUAGCACUUGAAUAUACAAAUAUUGAUAUUAUGGCACAUAGACCAAUGUAUGUAACAACAGCAAUGACAAAUUUCAAGAAAGGACAAGGAGCUAUAUCACCAAUUUAGUCUGCCAAAGGAGCAUUACAACGAUUGGGAUUAGAAUAUUCUACUCAUGGACACAUUCUACAUAGAAUUCAGGGAUUUUUCGGUGCUGUUGUUGUACCAUCAUUCUUAAGAAAUAAAUUAGUGAAAAAAGAAUUGAAAAAAUUAGUAAGAAAAUAUUUGUGAAAUGAAUAAUAUAUAUAUUAAAAUUAAUAUUUAUGUGUUUAUAAGUGAAA